AACGAAACUGAUUUCAUUCCUCAAAAAUUUUUUACACAUUUAUUGGUCGGUAAUUCAGAUGAGUAUCUCAGCGAAGAUCGCUGGGUGUUCAAUAUGAUUUCGUGCUUCACAUCCAGAGGCUCAUCAGCUGCCUACUGCUAUGGACACUUCGAUCCUUCAAUGGAAUACUGGAAUGCCUUGGGUCUAUGCAUUCCGGCAAACUGCACAUUUGCGGCUAAAGCGGUAUUUUUAUUUCCAGCUCUUCUUCCGAUACACUAG